AUGGAUUACAAGGGUAGUAGCUUGCUCCUCUCCUGCAAUCUGUCUGCCUCAGCCUUCACGGGAGAGCGGGUGUUGGGGGAGGAGAAGGGAGUUUGGAUGGCGGCCAACAGAGCGGUGAGGGCGAAGGGAAGGCCCAUGACACGAGCAACAGCAGCAGCAGCGGGACGCCGCAACGAUCAAGCAUGUUCGGCGGGCGACCCGCGACGGUGGGAUGAUGCUGGCGUGAUGAUUUAUGGCAAGCGGCGUGCCUCUAUCUGGUUGGAGAUGAAGGGAGAGAAGGAUGGGCAAGACCCGAGGAAAAGGGUGAAUACGAAGGGGGAGUGGAAUAUGUGCGAGAGCGACGAGCAGCAGUCCAUCUCGUACAAAGGCUCCAAAGUGGAAAGCAAAUUCGGAUUUCCGCGGCACACAAGACAAGGGCAGCUAAUUGAUUAA